AUGGCCGAGCUAGUGACUGCGAGUGAACGCACACUCCGCUGCCUCUGGGCUAGCUUCCUAGUAGUGCAAGAGGAAGAGCUGGCCUUAGACGACAACUUCUUCCGGCUAGGGGGCGACUCUAUCAUGGCCAUGCGGACGGUAUCGGCGCUGCGUUUGGCUGGCUAUGGCUUAUCUGUGGCGGACAUUCUUCGCUACAUGCAGUUGUGGAGCAUUUCCGGCGCAAUGGUCGAUGUUCCUCCGGAGGCGGAGCAGUUGCCUAAAGCCUACGCCUCCUUUUCGCUGUUGGACUCUGUCGAUGUCGACAACUUUAUCUCUGCCAACGUUUGUCUCCCCUUCGCGGACGCAAGCUGGGCCAUUCAAGACGUCCUGCCCGUCACGGAUCCGCAGGAACGCGAUGUCAUGGCGACCGUCUUUGCGCUUAGGAGCGCGGUCCAGUAUAACAUGCUGUACGUGGACAAGUCGAUCGAGACGUCGCGACUGCUUGAGAGCUUCCAGCACCUGGUCGACAAGCACCCGAUCCUGCGAACCGUCUUCGUCCAACACAAUGAUCCGAAGAGCAAGUCGUCCUUUAUCACCAAGCCCAUCGACGUGUCCGGGCGCCCUCUAGACAUCACGCUCGCGACCUUCCUCACGGCCAGCUGGGCCAAGGUGGUGGCGCAGCUACACAACGUCUCCGACGUGAUCUUUGCCGGCAUCGUCUCUGGCCGUAGUGUCGAAGUCGCGGGCAUAUACGGUAACAUAAGGACUUGUUACCGGUACAUGCCAGUCCGGGUCGUUUUCGAGCCCGGCUGGACGGCUGGACAGCUUCUAUAUCACGUACGCGAUCAGUAUCUCGAUGGCAGUCGGCACGCGACCCUGGGGUUCCGGGAACUGCUGCAAGAGUGCGCCACCGGCUGGCCAUCGAUAGCGUCCUUCUUCCCCUCGUUUGUAAACCACGUCGACAAGGGAUACUUUGACGCGAUUUCGUUUGCCGGCUCCCGCUGCCGCGUCGACUACACCACUCCUCCCCCCGAGCCGUCGACUCCGCCGCGCGCCGUGUCGUUUGUCGAGGCUGGGAAGACGUGCGUCGGCAUCGAGGCUGACGAAGCCCGCCGAAAGUUCUGGGAGGCGAGGUUGGGCGAGUUGGUCAGCGCCAAGGAGGGGUUUGUCGAGCAUCCGCAGGCCAUGGCUUUGUGA